GAGGACAAAGGCGGCGCGCAGCUUGUAUCGUCCGCCAUUUUGUGCUAAGCAAGGUGGCAACCACGUUCCCAGAGCGACUUCUCCGCUUUUGCCUCGACCGCCCCUUGACUACAGAUAUGUCUCGGGAUCGGUUCCGAAGUCGUGGUGGUGGCGGUGGAGGAUUUCAUCGGCGUGGAGGAGGCGGUGGCCGCGGCGGCCUCCACGACUUCCGUUCUCCGCCGCCUGGCAUGGGCCUCAACCAGAAUCGCGGCCCCAUGGGCCCGGGCCCUGGCGGCCCGAAGCCACCGCUCCCGCCUCCACCUCCGCACCAGCAGCAGCAGCAACCUCCGCCGCAGCAGCCCCCGCCGCAGCAACCCCCGCCGCACCAGCAGCCGCCGCCACACCAGCCGCCCCAUCAACAGCCCCCGCCUCCGCCGCAGGAAUCGAAGCCUGUCGUCCCCCAAGGCCCUGGCUCCGCUCCCGGAGUGAGCACUGCGCCGCCUCCGGCGGUCUCCGCUCCGCCCGCCAAUCCCCCGACCACCGGCGCCCCGCCGGGCCCGGGUCCUACCCCGACUCCGCCGCCCGCCGUACCCUCCACUGCCUCCGGACCGCCUCCCACUUCGACGCCGAGCAGCGGAGUCUCAACCACCCCCCCACAGACCGGUGGCCCUCCGCCCCCGCCUUCCGGAGGCGCUGGUCCGGGACCUAAACCAGGGCCAGGUCCUGGCGGUCCCAAAGGCGGUAAGAUGCCCGGUGGGCCUAAGCCUGGAGGUGGCCCGGGCAUGGGCGCUCCUGGUGGCCAUCCGAAGCCACCACACAGAGGUGGCGGGGAACCCCGUGGGGGCCGGCAGCACCACGCGCCCUACCACCAGCAGCACCACCAGGGGCCCCCUCCCGGAGGACCGGGACCUCGCACAGAGGAAAAGAUAUCCGACUCGGAGGGAUUUAAAGCCAACUUGUCUCUCUUGCGGAGGCCUGGAGAAAAAACUUACACACAGCGCUGUCGGUUGUUUGUGGGGAACCUACCUGCUGAUAUCACAGAGGAUGAAUUCAAAAGACUGUUUGCUAAAUACGGAGAACCCGGAGAAGUUUUUAUCAACAAAGGCAAAGGGUUCGGGUUUAUUAAGCUUGAAUCUAGAGCUUUGGCUGAAAUCGCCAAAGCUGAAUUGGAUGAUACCCCCAUGAGAGGUAGACAGCUUCGGGUUCGGUUUGCCACACACGCUGCAGCCUUAUCUGUUCGGAAUCUCUCUCCUUAUGUUUCCAAUGAACUUUUGGAGGAGGCUUUUAGCCAGUUUGGUCCUAUUGAAAGGGCUGUUGUAAUUGUGGAUGAUCGCGGAAGAUCUACAGGGAAAGGCAUUGUUGAAUUUGCUUCCAAGCCAGCAGCAAGAAAAGCAUUUGAAAGAUGCAGUGAAGGUGUUUUCCUACUGACAACGACUCCUCGCCCAGUCAUUGUGGAACCACUUGAACAGUUAGAUGAUGAAGAUGGUCUUCCUGAAAAACUGGCCCAGAAGAAUCCAAUGUAUCAAAAGGAGAGAGAAACACCACCUCGCUUUGCUCAGCAUGGCACAUUUGAAUAUGAAUAUUCUCAACGAUGGAAGUCCUUGGAUGAAAUGGAAAAACAGCAAAGGGAACAAGUUGAAAAAAACAUGAAGGAUGCAAAAGACAAAUUGGAAAGUGAAAUGGAGGAUGCGUACCAUGAACACCAAGCAAAUCUUUUGCGCCAAGAUCUGAUGAGACGCCAGGAAGAAUUAAGGCGCAUGGAGGAGCUUCACAGUCAAGAAAUGCAGAAACGCAAGGAAAUGCAGUUGAGGCAAGAGGAGGAACGACGUAGAAGAGAGGAAGAGAUGAUGAUUCGCCAACGUGAGAUGGAAGAACAAAUGAGACGCCAACGAGAAGAAAGUUACAGCAGGAUGGGCUACAUGGAUCCAAGAGAAAGAGACAUGAGAAUGGGUGGUGGUGGAACAAUGAACAUGGGAGAUCCCUAUGGUUCAGGAGGCCAGAAAUUUCCACCACUAGGUGGUGGUGGUGGCAUAGGUUAUGAAGCUAAUCCUGGAGUUCCACCAGCAACCAUGAGUGGUUCCAUGAUGGGAAGCGACAUGCGUACUGAGCGCUUUGGGCAGGGAGGUGCGGGUCCUGUGGGUGGACAGGGUCCUAGAGGAAUGGGACCUGGAACUCCAGCAGGAUAUGGUAGAGGGAGAGAAGAGUAUGAAGGGCCAAAUAAAAAACCCCGAUUUUAGAUAUUUAGGCUUUCAUUCCAGUUUGGUUUUGUCUUUUCUUGUUUAGAUACUACUUAAAUUCUUGGCAUUUUAGUAAGAAAGCUACCUUUUUAUGGAUGUUAGCAGUUUAUUGACCUGAUAUUUGUAAAUGGCCUGUUUUGGCAGGUAAAAUUAUGUAACGCAGUGUUCAAAACAGGAGAAAAUUUUUUUUCAUUUACUUUUUUUUUUAACUGUAUAAUGUUUCUCAAGUUAAUGGCAGUGUACCUUGUGCCACCGAAUUUCCAAAGUGUACCAUUUUUUUUUACUGUGCUUCAAAUAAAUAGAAAAAUAGUUAUAAUACUGAUCUUCAACUUUGCUAUUCAUGCUUCUAUGCACAUUAGGCUAGGUAUUUCACUUGGAAAGCAUGAGUGUGUGUAGGCCUUUGAGUGGCAUAAGCCAGUUCUGGGAAUGUACCUGGAGGCUAAGUAUUGCUUUCUACAAAUAGUGCCCCCCUGUUUAAAAAGAAAUGCAUAUUGAAGUAAUUAGGGUUUGUUUGGCAUUAUAGGAAGCAGGCGGGUGCUCAGCAUUUUUAAAUGGUUAUGUUAGAAAAGUUGAACUCUUUAAGUCUUAAUUCAGGAACAUGUAUUAAGAUUAUGGAAUGGGUAAAAACUACCGGUAGUGAGAGAAAGAGGGUUUGGUUAAAUGGAUCCCUUCCUUAUGGCCCUAUCUAUGAUUCUUUUCCUUGAAAGCUUUUGAAAAUGGGAAGAUCAUCUUGUUGCGUUUCCCCUACUGUUUUGUUUUUUUAAAAAAUCCCAAGCCCUACAAAUGGCUUGUACUGAACUUUUGCAUUUGAAUUAAAGAUUGUUAAACAUGAA